CCCGACAGGCGAACACUGGCACUGCAGGCUCAACCAACAAUGAUUUUCGGAUCCUAGGCUAAAGCACUCUCCGUGCAUCUGCAGGAAACCGAGAGGAAAGGGGGAGAGAAUCCUACGUACCUAAACAGCGCGAGAGAGAGAGAGUCCGAGUGAGUGCAGAGCGAGACGGGAGGAUAGGCAAGUGGGUUUGUGGAGUAAACAAAGAACGCCUGGACCUGCCAAAAUCAAGAGGAUUGUGUGUUAUUCUCGGAAUAACUGCAACUGCGCUUAUUUGCGAAGUGUUUUUUUCGCCAAUCAAAAUGUCAUCGUCUGGGAAAGACAACAGUGGUGCUCAACAUGCCAAUUACGUGGGACCGUAUCGCUUGGAAAAGACGCUCGGCAAAGGACAGACAGGCCUGGUCAAGCUGGGGAUCCACUGUGUCACAUGCCAGAAAGUUGCAAUUAAGAUUGUCAACCGAGAGAAACUCAGCGAGUCGGUACUAAUGAAGGUUGAGCGGGAAAUAGCGAUUCUGAAGCUCAUAGAACACCCUCACGUUUUAAAGCUGCACGACGUCUACGAAAAUAAGAAAUACUUGUAUCUGGUGUUAGAGCACGUCUCAGGGGGAGAGCUCUUUGACUACCUGGUAAAGAAGGGACGGUUAACACCCAAGGAGGCCAGGAAGUUCUUCAGACAGAUCAUCUCUGCACUGGACUUCUGCCAUAGUCACUCCAUAUGCCACAGAGAUUUGAAGCCAGAGAACCUGUUGUUAGAUGAGAAGAACAACAUCAGGGUAGCAGACUUUGGCAUGGCCUCUCUACAGGUUGGCGACAGUCUGCUGGAGACCAGCUGUGGAUCUCCACACUAUGCAUGCCCAGAGGUUAUAAGGGGGGAGAAGUAUGACGGCAGAAAAGCAGACGUGUGGAGCUGUGGGGUCAUCCUCUUUGCCCUAUUGGUGGGUGCCCUUCCAUUUGAUGAUGACAAUCUGAGGAACCUGCUGGAGAAGGUGAAGCUAGGAGUGUUCCAUAUGCCCCACUUCAUACCCCCAGACUGUCAGAACCUCCUCCAGGGCAUGAUCGAGGUAGACGCCACCAAACGGCUAACGUUAGAACAUAUUCAGAAGCACAACUGGUACAUAGGUGGUAAGAAUGAACCCGAACCAGAGCAGCCUGUUCCCAGGAAGGUGGCUGUACGGAGCCUGCCCUCUACAGACGACAUAGAUCCGGAUGUACUGGACAGCAUGCAUUCUCUGGGCUGCUUCAGAGACAAGAACAAACUGAUGAAGGACCUGCUCUCGGACGAAGAUAACCAGGAGAAGAUGAUCUACUUCCUGCUGUUGGACCGUAAGGAGAGGUACCCCAGCCACGAGGACCAAAACCUGCCCCCACGCAACGAGAUUGACCCCCCCAGGAAGCGUGUGGACUCCCCCAUGCUGAACCGCCAUGGCAAAAAGAGACCGGAGAGGAAGUCUAUGGAGGUGCUGAGUGUCACAGACGGAGGUUCCCCCGUACCCGCCAGGAGGGCCAUCGACAUGACACAGCACGGACAGAGGUACACAAACACACAGGAACAGAGGUCAAGGUCCAUAAGUGGAGCAUCUUCCGGUCUCUCCACUAGCCCUCUCAGCAGCCCACGGGUUACCCCUCACCCAUCCCCCCGGGGCAGCCCCCUCCCCACCCCCAAGGGCACCCCUGUGCACACACCCAAGGAGAGCCCGGCGGGCACGCCCAACCCCACGCCGCCCCCCAGCCCAUCUAUCGGCGGUAUGCCCUGGAGGACACGCCUCAACUCCAUCAAGAACAGCUUCCUGGGCUCGCCACGCUUUCACCGCAGGAAACUACAAGUUCCCACACAAGAGGAGAUGUCCAGCCUCACACCAGAGUCUUCCCCAGAGAAAUACAAAGGCAGCAUCUCACCAGACUCAUCCCCAGAACUUGCCAAAAAAUCCUGGUUUGGUAACUUCAUCAACCUGGAUAAAGAGGAGCAGAUCUUCAUCUUGAUCAAAGACAAGCCUCUGAGCUCCAUCAAGGCUGACAUCGUCCAUGCCUUUCUUUCGAUCCCGAGUCUCAGCCACAGUGUGAUCAGCCAGACGAGUUUCCGGGCAGAGUACAAGUCCACAGCCGGCCCCACGGUCUUCCAGAAGCCAGUCAAGUUCCAGGUGGACAUCACCUACACAGAGAGCACCGCCGCCCCCAAGGAGAACGGCAUCUACUCUGUCACCUUUACCCUGCUCUCAGGACCCAGCCGGCGCUUCAAGCGGGUGGUAGAGACAAUUCAGGGCCAGUUGCUAAGCACACAUGACCAGCCGGGAGUUCAGCAGCUUUCUGGAAUUAUCCAGAAAACCUAUUAGAUCCUCCUCCUGCCUCCCUGCUCCACUCCGCCUAUCCUCUUCCUCCUUGGCCAUCACUUCAACCCCACCGUCUGCACACCAAGAGAUGGACAUUUGUUGACUGAGUUGGGGACCGCUUUUCAAGGGGCCUCCUUCACUACCCCGAGCAGCAGUCCCAGAGGGAGAAAACAGCAAUCCAUAUCCCUCUGAUACACAAGCAUGUUAUACACAUACAAAUGGACACACGCGCACACACACACACAUUUAUCCCUUCACAUGUGUAUAUACACACACACACACACACACACACACACACACACACACACACACACACACACACACACACACACACACACACACACACACACACACACACACACACACACACACACACACACACACACACACACACACACACACACACACACACACACACACACCUUUCACCUUGAGAUUAUUAAGCAUUUAACACCCAAACACACAAUCUCAUUACACAAAUAAAUACACGCUCCCCUUCUAACACUAUUGCACAGUAUUUAUAGACAAACUCUGGGAUGUAAUAACAAGAACAAAGAACAAAAAAAUGGACAGAACAAUGAAGUGACCAAAAGGAGAAGCGAAGGAGGAUAAGUUUGUUGAUCUACUGUAGCAUCAACAUCAGACGCGGGCGCUUGCUGGAUUGUAUCGUUUCUCUUUUUAAUGUACUUCCUCUUUCUUCGUGAAGAAACUGGAUUUAAAAAUACUAAAUGGACAUUUAUUAGACUCAAUACCAUUGCUGCAAAUUGACUGGAAUUGCUAUUUCAGAAAGCAAGGGGUGU